UUUUAUGGUUUUGCUCAGUCGUUCCUAGAAAAUGUUGGUAUAAUGCAUUCAGGUAAACUACUUUGGCAUCCUUUACAGUUCAUUUUACUGUCACCAUAUCUUAUGUAUUUUGAGUAACCUAAAAGUCAUUUACUUCAUUAUCCAGUUUGGAAGCCUGAGGUGGUUCCCAGUUAACAAUAAUUAUUAUUGUUUUCUUACCCCAGAUGGUGCUUAAAUAUCACACUAAAGUACAUUGCAACUGUUCCUUUGACAGUUUUCGUCACUUAACAGUGCAUUUCUACCAAAAUAUCAGGAAUUCCAAUAAGCCUAAUAUCACUGCAUUGUACAAGCAAAAAAAAAAAAAAGUCUUGUAAGGUUCCAGUGAAUGGCUCACUCGGGGUUUGGUGGUUUCCUAAAUGUACCAUUGUCACAACCUAUUUUUCUGUUUCUAAGCUCCAUCAUAUGUGUAUCCUUCUGACUGCUCCAACAAUGGUGGGUAAGAUCUGAAUCUUUCAUGGUGAAUAGAAAUGCUGAAAUCUUUGUGUGUGAUUAAUGAUGUCAGUGUUAAGUAUUGAACGUUUCAGAGAUCUCCGUGAUCAGGGUCAGUAUGACGAAUGAUUGUACAUUGCUAACAUAUAUACCAGUAUGUCAAAUUAGUGCCUCAUCCUAUUGGUAUAUUAUACAGCAGGAGGGUGGAGUCACAUUGUGCAGUCACCCAAAUGACUCUAACAUGUCACAGUGUCGCCUAAACCUGGUGUCCUUGUCAUUUCUUUUAUUUUCUUUUUAGCAUGAUCUUCCUGCAUUUCUCAUGUUUUUUUUCUGGUCUGUGUGCAUUGGAAUGUCCUAAUAAUCUGGUGCGGGGAUUCCAUGCUCUGCUAAGUUUCUUUCCUUUCUGUUGAUGGUGUUUGGUUGUAAUUUUAUUUUUGUUACCUCGUUCACACGUGGUCCUUGUAGCCUGCGGAUUUAGCUAAUACAUUGGUCUUUUUAAAGUUGAUCUAGUGGCCAAUUCAGUGCAUGCUGUGUCCACAGUGGCAGAACUUAGAACUUGCCUGAGAUUUUAAUUCAGAGAGCCAUGAACUUUAUGUUGUAGGGAUGAACCUUUUGGUCCUGCUACCAGAGAAUUAGUUGUGUGUGUAUGUCUCCAAGAAGAAUUUGCAUGAAUGUUACACUGCUUAUAUACUAUAAUGUAAAUGUAACUGAUCUGCGAGUUAUAAUUUGCCAUAGCUGACAUAUAUCAAUCACUUUGUUGUUAUAAUUGUGUUUCUUGUUCCUAAUUUAACAGGCUCUGGUGCAAAGUUUUGUAAACCUUUAAAAGAAAAAGAAGAAGGCUAGGAACAGACUUGCUAUGAAGCUGCGUUCUGGAAAACAAGUGUCAAAACAAAGUGAGUUGUUAGAAUGUGACAGUGAUAAGAGAAGUGCAAAAGUUUUCAAGAUUGGACAGAAAAGAAAGGAAGCAUGUGAAGUUAUCAAUCCUGUUGGCAAUGAAACCAUUCCUAGUUCAUCAGUAAAUGAAGAUUCUGGUGACUUCCAUCUGAGACAGACAGCAGUUCCCUGUAAUAGUACAGGGUCAAAGAUUUCAGUUAUGAAACAUUGUGGUCAUAUUUCAUCUUCAGCUGAUGCAUUGACAAAUUUGCCUGCUAGAUCUAGCAGUACUGUCAAAAAAAAUGAAGUUUUGACUUACUUUCACCAAACUUCGAGUACUAGAUCCAGUUGUUCAGGAAGAAGCAGUGAAGAAAGCUCAGCUAAUGUAUGCACCAACCUUUCAUCAUUAUGCUCUUCUGAAAUGUCUCCAUCUAGCAGUAGCAAUAUUGGAUGCCUCAUGCAAGAUAACAGGCCCCUUAUUGUAGAUGUGACAAAUAUAAGAAAAGACAAAACAGAGAACAAAAAGAAUGUAUGUUCAGUGGUUAACAGUAUUCUUGAUAAAGAAUGUGACAGCAUUGGAAUGGCUAACGAAAGUGAUAAAUGUAUCUUAAAAAUUCCAAGUAUAAAGCGAAGACGCUGUAGUAGGUCAGUGAAAAUGCUGUCUCAAAAUGUGAAGGCAAUGACAGCUAAGACACCAACAGUUACUGUACAUAAGGAUAAAUGUUCAGGGCAGGAAGAUGAUGCAUGUUCUGUCAUCAGUUUAGGAAGUGAUGAUGAAGUCAUAAUUCUUGACAGUGAUCCAAAGCCUCAAUUGGAUUGUAGCAGUGCCAGUGACAUUGUUAUUCUUGACACAUUACCUUCUAAAAAGUGUGUUCCUACUUCAGAUCCUGUGAUAAUAAACUUAUGCACACCCUUGAGCCAGUCGGACGUCUCAAAAUCUCCUGUGCAUAGAGUACAAAAAUGUAUGAAUCGUAAAGAUAAAACCAAGCAAAAGAAAAUUAAACCUAAGGUACAUAAGAAAUCAGCAUUUAAAGACUACGUAUCUCUUCUUGGUAGUGUGCCGCACACUACAGGCAGUAGACCACAAGACAUGUCUUUGGUUACAAGCUGCUUUACACAACAGAGUUUUAUGCCAUUUGCUACUGCUACAUCUGCAAGUUCAAUCUUUGCUCCAGCCAUAAAUUCCAGUGUUAGGAAUACCUUGAAUUCUGCAGUUGUUGCAGCUUCACGUACAGUGGAAUAUAACCAAAUGUAUGUGACCAGUGCACAUAUCGGCAACUUUCAAUACCCAAAUCCUAAUGCUGCAAGAAUGGGUCUACAGCCAGUUAAUAACCAAGUGGACCUGGCAAUUGUACCAUCUUCAAGUGUGUAUGGCAACAACUUAUAUAACCCAAAUCCUAAUCCUGCAAGAGUGGGUCUACGGCCAAUUGUUAUUGAUGGCAGCAACGUUGCAAUGGGACACACCAAUGGUAGAAACUUCUCAUGCAGAGGAUUGGAGAUCUGCAUAGACUACUUCCUGAAACGAAAUCACAGAGUAGUAGCUUUUGUUCCUCAGUUCCGUAAAAGUUGCCGCCACAGCCUAGAUACUCACAUACUAGACCGUCUAGAGAAACAAGGUCUUGUUUCAUUCACACCAAGUCGGAAGGUUGGAGACCGGCUAGUAAUACCUUAUGAUGACAGGUAUAUUGUGCAGUAUGCUGCUGAAUGCGGUGGUGUAAUUGUUUCAACAGAUAAUUAUCGAGAUCUUCUACGAGAAAAUCCUGCUUGGAGAGAGACUAUUGAAACGAGGUUGGGAAAGUACAGUAAUUGUCCCACAUUGUGGAUUUUUGUACUAAGUUAUCCACAUUCUAAAUAUGGAAGAUGCACUUCGACAUUCUCAUUUAAUAUUUAAUUUAAUUUGUAUAUACAGGAUGGUUCAAGUUUUGUGGGUUAAUUAAUCAAGAUGUUGAGUAAAUGAUUCGUAUUAACAUGGAUCCAGUUUGGAAAGUUCAAGUCAUGACAUCGUGGAAGUGGGAUACAUGUGUCAGAAAUAAUGACAUUAAUAAAAAAUUUUGCCAUAACUUAAGUAUGAAACUAAAGCAAGCAUUAUUUAAAAAUCGAACACUUUACAUGUUGCCAACUACUUCAAUACAUUAUACCCAGUCUUGGAAUGAAGUUACAGGCAGACCCUUCGAUCAGUUUUGUAACAUGUUUCACCGUUAAAUAACGCUCUUAUUUUCAUUUUACAUUGAAGUUAAUGUGAAAUUUUCUAAUUAAGAAUACUUAUUGCUGAUAUGUUUUAAUUUUGUUUUAAAACUUCCAUGAUUACUUAAAUUUUCAACAUUAGAACCAUGUUAAGAGGACUCUCUUUUUAUUCAAAAUUACUUUAUUAAUAUACCCACAAAGUUUGCCAGGCUCCCGAAUCAUCAUCUUGUAAAGGUUUCAUUUUCAUGGUUGCCGGUGCCCUUGAAAUUACAUUAAUACUGCAGAAUCCUUCUUGGAUAUGUUACAAAAUAAUGCAGUUAAAAAGAUAUGUGUAAGAGGACUAUUCAAGGGCUUCUCAGUGCUAAUCAAUUAGGGAUAUGGCUCCUGUCCCGCAACUCUUUUAGGCUAUCAUGUGCAAUGAACCCCCCAUUUAUAGUGUACCCCAGUUAAGAUUUUCCUUAAUCUAACAUUCAGUUUCAGUGAUUCCAGGUGUCAGUAUUAAAGUUUCCUUCAUCUAAGAUUUCCCUCAAUUUAGUGUUCAAAUCCAUACAUCCUUAAAGAAACCUUUAUUAUUAGUAUUAUUAGUAUUAGUAUUGUUGUUGUUGUUGUUGUUGUUGUUGUUAUUAUUAUUAUUAUUAUUAAAGCAAAUUUUUUAACUUUGAUCCAGAUGAGUAAACUAUAAAUUGCGUCAACUGUAAUUUUAUGGUCACAUGGAAAACUUCUAUAACGUGUUUCACUAUUCAGAUUUUUCUCUAUGCAGUACUUUAAUUAACUCUAAUGUUUGAUCUUUCCAAUUUUAUUAGGAAAAGGCUAUAAUAAAUAUAGAUUUUCUUUCUAAUCAUA